AUGUCGAUGCCUGAAAGAUCGUCGCCGGCACCACAAAGACAACCACCGUCGACGAGACCUUCCUUUCCUCCAGGCUAUAAGUAUGAACCUAACGACAAGAACCUCAUUGAAACACUACUUGGACGGGAACACUACUUUGGAGAGAACAAUAACUCAUUGCUCAAGUUUUUUAUUCAUCAAGCAAACAUCUACGAGUCCAAUCCAGAACAACUCUCAGUGGAAUACGAGAAAGGUAAUGAUACAGAAUGGUUCUUUAUAUCGGAGAGGAACAAGAAGAAGAAAGGUAAAGGUGGAAUUAAUCAGAAACGUGGAGGCAAUGGAGGAUACUGGCACGCAAAAGUUGCUACUAAGGACGUUUACGAUGGCCAAGGCAACAUUAUUGGCUACAAGAGUCCACUUACGUACUACGUGGGGAAACAACCCAAUGGCGUGAAAACUGAUUGGUUAAUGCAUGAAUAUUGGGUUGAUCAUGACCAGUCUGAUGAAGAAAAGGACUAUGCUCUGUGCAAGAUAUAUAAGAAGAAGAAAGCAAAGGAAGAAGAGAGUGAGAAGCAGAAGAAAGCACAUCAGUUUUGGCCAAGCCAGCUAGAGUCUUAUCAACCGCAGCCUCAUCAUCUUGCGUAUGAACAACUUAUAUUUCAGCCAGCCCCGCUGGAUCCCUCCUAUCAACCGCAGCCUCGUGGUUUGGCGUAUCAACAGCAGCAGUUUUGUCAAGGCCCGGUAAACUCUUCUCAACCGCAGCCUCCUCGUGAUAUUGAGUAUCAACAACCGUAUCAAAGGCAGCCUUAUGGUUUUGGGUAUGAGCAGUAUCUCAUGAUGACGACGCUAGAGGAAGAGAAUGGUGUCGCUACUCAACAACAACACCAACAACAGAUGAGUCUUCCUACUCCUCCUACGCAAGUUCAAGAUUCAAGAUCCCAUAUGGUGAUGACCGGCUGGAGAAAGGACAACAGUACCGAAGAAGACUUGUUGGAUAUGUCUAAAGAUGACAGGUUCUUUGACAUAGAUGAAUUAUUCAAUGAUGAGGAAGAACAUGAUGGUGUCGCUACUAAGGACCAACAACAACAGCAAAGUACACCGAGUUUUCCUGAUCAAAGUCAAGCUUCACCAUCGGACCAAGACUGGUCGGGUUCUUUUAAUGGCGAGUUCUAUGACAUUGAUGAAUUAAGGAACGAUGUAAAGAAAGGCCACGAUGAGUAG